GUCAGUUUGGAUUCGUAUCACGGAUUUUCCCCCUCAAACUUUGGGCCGUAGAAAUCGGGAGACAUUUGCGAUUCCUCGGGAGGGAAUCGGGCACAAGUCGGCUACAUGUCGUACCAGGAAGAGAGGAUGGGUACUUCAGUGCGUUUUGUGAAACUUCUUUCUUUACUUCUUGCUGCUUUGUCAACCAUCCAUUUGAACACGUCAAUGCGCCCAGCAUGUAGACAUUGUCUUCCUGGUAGACAGCUCGGAAAGCGUGAGGGCUGGUGGAUUCGAGACGUCGAAGGACUUCGUCAUCGAAGUGACCAGCAACUUCGAAUUUGCUCAAGACGCCACGAGGGUUGGAGUAGUCACCUUCAGCGACAGCGGCGCGGAAGUGACCCAUGUCCGCCUCAACGAGUUCGACAACAGGAACGAUUUCGAUACGGCCGUGAGGAACAUCGACUACGACAGAGGCAGAACGUACACAGGAGAAGCCCUGGACUACGUUCGCACCAACUCCUUCACCCAAGCCAACGGCGCUAGAGACAACGUCCUUCCGAUUCUAGUCGUCCUCACGGACGAUGACCCCCAUGAUGAAGUAGCAGCUCCAGCAGAGAGACUGAGGCAACAAGGUGUAACGGUGUUUGCGAUUGGCGUUGGGCACCGUUUGGACAUCACCGACCAAACACUGUUGGACAUUGCAGGCGACCAGGACAGGGUAUUUAGGGUGGAUGAUUACGGGGCUCUCGCGGAAGCCAUAAACGAUCACGCGCAACGGAUUGGACAGUCCAUCUGCGACAGUAGCGACUUGUGCGACCCCUCCCCGUGCGAUGCCAUGGCCACUUGCACUGUCCUCGGCCGAACAUUUCAGUGUGCCUGCGUCACCGGGUUCGUGGGAGACGGUCUGACUUGUCGAGUUGUCACAUGUCCGAUCCGGGCGGCUCCAGCAGAUGGCACUGUGGAUCCAAGCGGUGCCAACACUUACCAGGACGUGGUGCAGUUUGACUGUAACCAGGGGUACCGACUCGUCGGUGACUCCUCAGCUACCUGCCAAGCCGACGGCGCAUGGAGCCACCCCGUACCAACUUGUCAAGGUCUGGUGUACUUCCGUCUCGUAUCAGCCACUCGGUGA